UCAUCUUUUGUGUUCUCCUGUCAGGCUGCAUGCAGGGCAUGGUUCCCUACCUGCCUGAGCUUAUUCCUCACCUCAUCCAGUGUUUGUGCGACAAGAAGGCCCUGGUUCGCUCCAUUGCCUGCUGGACUCUCAGCCGCUAUGCCCACUGGGUAGUCAGCCAGCCCCCGGACGCUCACCUCAAACCCCUGAUGACUGAGCUUCUCAAACGCAUCCUUGAUGGCAAUAAGAGGGUGCAGGAGGCAGCGUGCAGUGCGUUUGCCACGCUGGAAGAAGAGGCGUGUACAGAGCUGGUGCCUUACCUGAGCUUCAUUCUGGACACUUUGGUUUUUGCCUUUGGGAAGUAUCAGCAUAAGAACCUGCUCAUCCUGUAUGACGCUAUCGGAACGCUGGCCGACUCUGUGGGGCAUCACCUUAACCAGCCUGAGUACAUCCAGAAGCUGAUGCCUCCACUGAUUGCAAAGUGGAACGAGCUCAAGGAUGAAGACAAAGAUCUGUUUCCUCUGCUGGAAUGUCUGUCAUCUGUUGCCACGGCGCUGCAGAGUGGCUUCCUUCCCUACUGCGAGCCCGUGUACCAGCGCUGUGUCACCCUGGUGCAGAAGACCCUGGCCCAGGCCAUGAUGUACAGUCAGCAGCCCGACCAAUACGAAGCACCGGACAAGGAUUUCAUGAUUGUGGCUCUGGACCUUCUGAGUGGCCUGGCUGAGGGACUGGGCUGCCACGUGGACACGCUGGUUGCACGCAGUAACAUCAUGACGCUGCUCUUCCAGUGCAUGCAGGACACCAUGCCUGAAGUCAGACAGAGCUCGUUUGCUCUUCUGGGUGAUUUAACAAAGGCCUGCUUCCCGCAUGUCAAACCGUGUAUUGCUGAAUUCAUGCCGAUUCUGGGGACGAAUCUGAAUCCAGAGUUCAUCUCCGUCUGUAACAACGCUACCUGGGCUAUCGGAGAGAUUUGUAUGCAGAUGGGGGUGGAGAUGCAGCCGUACAUCGCUAUGGUUCUCAACCAGCUGGUUGAGAUUAUUAACCGACCCAACACCCCGAAAACUCUGCUGGAGAAUACUGCGAUCACCAUUGGUCGGCUGGGUUAUGUGUGUCCUCAGGAGGUGGCUCCCAUGCUGCCACAGUUCAUCAGACCAUGGUGCACGUCUCUACGGAACAUCCGAGAUAACGAGGAGAAAGACUCCGCCUUCCGUGGGAUUUGCAUGAUGAUUGGCGUGAACCCGGGGGGCGUGGUGCAGGACUUCAUCUUCUUCUGUGAUGCAGUGGCUUCCUGGGUGAAUCCCAAAGAUGACCUAAGAGACAUGUUCUACAAGGUGAGGGUCACAUGGUGCUGCAGUAAUUGUCUGUGUGCUUAUUUUGAGCCAGUGAGUAUAUUUGCAUAAGAAGGAUCUGAUUUCACAGCUCGUGUUCUUUAAUUUAUCUAUUCUUCUGUGAGUGUGAUGUGUUCAUGUCCUGUCUGAUGAAAUGGGACACCUCAGUCUCGUUUGAACCCUGUGUGAUAUCGCGUGAUUUGACCACUUAUGGGAACCUCCGCUCUGUUGCCCUUUCUUGUUUUUUUUUUUCCUGGUUCCCAGUGGAGAGGGAAAGAUGAAGCGAGUGGGAGACGUCGUGUGUUAGCCUACACAGCUAACCAGAGUAGCUCUGUUCUCUUGCCUGCAAAACCGCUUCAAGACGUUUGAGCCACCAUAGCUCACAAACAAACCGCAACACGUCCACUUUCCACCGCAUCAUCACUUUUUCUUUGCAUUUCCACUUUGUUUA